UCCGGAGGAACGGAACUCCACUGUGGAGAUGAUGCUGCUGCUGUUUCUGUUGCUAAGCAGAUUGGCCAACAGUGAUGGUGAAGGGACAAACAAUUCCUUGGUUCUAAAGAGGACUCAGCGGGACCUUGAAAACUAUAGACUAUUCAGAGGACCCUGUGAUGAAAACUGGUUUUACUUUCCUCCUUUAAACUCAUGUUACCGGUUUUUCAGUGACAAGAAGACAUGGGAGGCAGCUGAGGAGUUCUGUAAUCAGCUCCCACAGUCUGGACAUCUGACAUCCGUGUUCUCAAGCAUCCAUGACAACUUCAUUUCUGACGUGGUCAGUGCUGUGGAUGAAAGCAAGCCAUGGGCAUGGAUUGGCCUGAAUGACAGAUCACAGGAAGGGAAUUUCACAUGGAUUGAUGGAUCUUUGUACAGCUACCGAAACUGGGCUCAGCAGGAACCUAAUGAUGUAAAUAAUGAAGAUUGUGUGCACAUUCUUUCUGGAAGUGAGCAACGUUGGAAUGAUAGGCGCUGUGAAGAACACACAAAUUUUGUUUGUGCCUACAAACUACACUGUAUUUAGAAGACUCCAGAACCGUCCACUCAUUAUUUCCAGUGAUUGAUUCAGUACCUUGAUUUCUUCGUUGCCACUGCCUAUGGUGACUGUACUCUCUCAGUUCCUCAGCCAAUA